ACGUCUCGUUAUUUCCUUUUCUGUCCUUUGUUAUGAAAAUUUGAAUACAGUAAAAGAGAAUCAAAUGAUGAUAACAACACAAUAUUUUAGCUCUGAAACUAUCCGUUGAAACUUGAAAUCAGUUAAGUAAUUUUCAUUUUGAAAUUCAACCAUAACCCUAGAAAUUGGAAGUACCAAACCUCCAUUUUCAAACUUUUCAACUCCCGCUCCUCUCUCUACGCCGUCGCAAUGGGCGCCCACCCCAGCCGAGAUUUGGAUCUCUCCGACUCCGAAUCUGACACCGAGUCUCACGAUACCACGCACCAGGAAUCCGAUUCCGAAGAAGCCUACGCCACGCCGUCGUCGCACCCCUCCGACCGGAAGCGCGACGACCCCAAAACGCCGUCUUCAAUCGACGACGUCGAAUCGCGCCUCAAAGCGCUCAAACUCAAGUACAACAACAACUCCACCGCUCCGAAUUUGAAGAACGCGGUGAAGCUCUACCUCCACGUCGGCGGCAACACCGCCAAAUCGAAAUGGGUGGUGUCCGAGAAGGUAACUUCCUAUUCCUUUGUGAAGGGGGCUCCGAACGGCGAGGAGGAAGACGACGAAUACGACGAUGAAGGCGGAUCCGACCCGAAUGCCUGCUGGCUUUUGAAAAUCGGGUCGAAGGUGAGAGCUAGGGUUGAUGAGAAUUUGCAAUUGAAGGCAUUUAAGGAGCAGAGGCGAUGUGAUUUCGUCGUGAAUGGUGUUUGGGCGAUUAGGUUCUUCAACGCGGAAGAGUGGGAUUGUUUCACUAAGAGGUAUCAGGAUUGCUUGUUUGAGAAUACCUAUGGAUAUGAAGCUAAUGAUGCUAGUAAGCUGAAGGUGUACGGGAAGGAUUUCAUCGGAUGGGCGAAUCCUGAGGUCGCGGAUGAUUCGAUGUGGGAGGAUGCGGAGAUGAAGACUCCUCCGAGCAAAACUCCGGUGAGACGAGGGAAUGAUUUGACUGAGGAGUUUGAGGAUGCUGCGGUGAAUGGGGGCGCUAUCCAGAGCUUGGCUUUGGGGGCUUUGGAUAACAGUUUCUUAGUCAGCGAUUCGGGGAUUCAGGUUGUUAGGAAUUACAGCCAUGGGAUUCAAGGGAAGGGGAUGUAUGUGAAUUUUGAAGAAGGUAAAUUGAGUGGUAGGAAGGGUGCUAAUGCGACUCCGAGGAAGGCUCUGCUCAUGAGAGCUGAGACUAAUAUGCUUCUCAUGAGCCCUAUGAAUGAAGCUAAACCACAUUCGAAGGGUGUGCAUCAGCUUGAUAUCGAAACUGGGAGAGUUGUGAGUGAGUGGAAGUUUGAAAAGGAUGGAGCUGACAUUUCGAUGAGAGAUAUCACUAAUGAUAACAAGGGGGCUCAGAUGGAUCCCUCGGGGUCGACUUUCUUGGGAUUGGAUGACAACAGGCUGUGUCGUUGGGAUAUGCGUGAUAGGAGGGGGAUGGUCCAGGAUAUUGUGAAUGAGAGCACGCCUGUGUUGAACUGGACUCAGGGGCAUCAGUUUUCGAGGGGGACUAAUUUCCAGUGCUUUGCAACGACUGGUGAUGGCUCUAUUGUGGUUGGAUCGCUAGAUGGGAAGAUUAGGCUGUACUCUGUCAGUUCCAUGAGGCAGGCCAAGACUGCCUUUCCUGGCCUUGGCUCGCCUAUCACUCAUGUUGAUGUUACCUUUGAUGGGAAGUGGAUUUUGGGAACCACUGAUACUUACUUGGUCCUCAUAUGCAGUCUGUUCACAGAUAAAGAUGGUAAGACCAAGACGGGUUUUUCUGGCCGAAUGGGGCAUCGGAUUUCAGCUCCGAGGUUGUUGAAGCUGAAUCCUGUGGAUUCACACAUGGCUGGCACAAGCAAAUUCCGCAAUGCUCAGUUCUCGUGGGUCACGGAGGAAGGGAAGCAGGAGCGCCACUUGGUUGCCACUGUGGGAAAGUUUAGUGUUAUAUGGAAUUUCCAACAGGUGAAGGAUGGAUCUCACCAUUGCUAUCAAAAUCAAGUAGGCCUAAAAAGCUGCUACUGCUACAAGGUUGUCCUGAAAGAUGACUCGAUCGUUGACAGUCGCUUCAUGCACGACAAAUACGCAGUCAGCGACUCACCUGAGGCACCGCUCGUGGUGGCAACCCCCAUGAGAGUCAGCUCCUUCAGCAUCUCCAGCCGCCGACUGCAGAUGUAAAGAAGUUCAAUCUAUGAUUGAUCAAGCUUAUGUACUUUAUAUGGAAUUUUUAUGUAUUAGGUUAUAGUGUAAGAAAAUAUUGACCUUAAUCUGUUUUAGUAUUUGAAGAUUCAAGACAAAAAUUUGCUGUAAUUGGUUGCUUCUAGCAAUCUACUUUCUUGUUGAAUGAUAAUGUCUUUGCAUUGCACAACAGAA